AUGAUUCAUUUUAUUCUCCUUCAAAAUCGUGCCGGUAAAACUCGUCUCAGCAAGUGGUAUGAAGCCUUUGAAGAUGAUGAGAAGGAAAAGAUUAAAAUUGAAGUCCACCGUUUGAUUACAUCUAGAGAUCAAAAGUUUACCAACAUGGUUGAAUUCCGUAAAUACAAAGUUAUUUAUCGUAGAUACGCCGGCUUGUAUUUUAGUAUGGGAGUCGAUGUUAACGAUAACGACCUCGCCUAUCUUGAAUCAAUACAUCUCUUUGUUGAAGUUUUGGAUCAGUUCUUUGGAAAUGUUUGUGAAUUAGAUUUGGUUUUCAAUUUCCACAAGGUGUACAUGAUUCUUGAUGAAAUGUAUAUGGCUGGAGAAAUCGAAGAAACAGCUAAACCUGUAAUUUUGAGUCGUUUACAACUUUUGGACAAGUUAGAAUAA